AUGGUUGAAGGUAUAUUGUCCAAGGCAUUUUGGUUUGUUGCUGCCACCGUGUUUGCAGCAGCUACGGUAGUUCACGGUCAACAAGCGCCGUGUUUCUUCAUCUUCGGAGACUCAGUGUUCGAUAGUGGCAACAAUAAUAACUUGCAAUCCAAGGCAAAGGUCAAUUUCCCACCUUACGGUAUUGACUUUCCAAAAGGCCCGACCGGCCGGUUUAGCAAUGGUCGUACUAUCCCAGAUCUUAUCGGUGAACUAUUGGGUUUUAAAGAUUUUAUUCCGCCAUUCAGCGGAGCAUCACCGGAACAAGCGCACACAGGGUUGAACUACGCUUCUGGCGGAGGCGGACUUCGUGAAGAAACUAGCGAACACUUGGGUGAUCGAGUCAGUCUAAGCAACCAAGUACUAAAUCACAGGAAGGCGAUAAAGAAAGCGAAAGUACCAUCACAAAGACUGCAACAAUGUCUCUACGUAAUCAACAUCGGAAGCAACGAUUACAUCAACAACUACUUCAUGUCAGAACCCUACAACUCGAGUCGCCGCUUUAACCAUAACCAAUAUGCAUAUUCUCUCAACCUACUCUACCGUGCUCAUUUGAAGACUUUGCACCGUCUAGGAGCGAGGAAGGUAGCACUUUUCGGGAUUACUCAGAUUGGUUGCACACCAAAGGUGAUGUUGUCCCAUGGUGGAGGUAAAGCUUGCGCAAAAGAAGUGAACGAUGCAGUGAGAAUUUUCAAUAAGAACCUCGAUGACCUUGUCAAGGAUUUCAAUAAGAAAGUCAAAGGUGUCAAGUACACCUUCGUUGAUGUUUUCUGCGGUGGAGAUCCCAAAGCAUUCGGCGUUUUAGGUUUUAAAGUUGGAGACAAGAGUUGUUGCCCAGUAUCCCCAGCCCCAGGGGAGGAACUUUGCACACCGAACCAGCAGGUUUGUGCAAACCGGUCUGAAUAUGUUUUUUGGGAUGAUAUUCACAGCACCGAGGCCGUAAAUAGGAAAGUGGCUAAAGGCUCGUUCGAAGGACUCUUAACAAGACCGUACAGCAUCUCCCAGCUUGUGAAGGAAUAG